ACCACCGUUCCCCGCCGCCGCCGCUCUGAGCGCCGCCGCCGCUCUCCGCCGUUACCGCCGCGCCGGGAGACCGCGCCCCGCACCGGCACCACGAUGCUCCGCCAAGGGGCCCUCGCGGAGCUGCUGCUGGUGCUGCUGGGGCUGAAGGUGCCCGGGGCUGCCGGCUGCCCCACCGACUGCGUCUGCUACCCUUCACCCAUGACCGUCAGCUGCCAGGCCCACAACUUUGUCACCAUUCCCGAGGGCAUCCCCGAAGACAGCGAGCGGAUCUUCCUGCAGAACAACCAGAUCACCCUGCUGCUGCGGGGCCACUUCAGCCCCUCCAUGGUCACCCUCUGGAUCUACUCCAACAACAUCACCUUCAUCGACCCCAACACCUUCGAGGGGUUCGUCAACCUAGAAGAGCUGGACCUGGGGGACAACCGCUACCUGAGGGCUUUGGCGGCCAACACUUUCCAAGGGCUGGUGAAACUCCACGCCUUGUACCUGUACAAGUGCGGGCUGAGCUCCCUUCCCAGCGGGAUUUUUGGUGGCCUCCACAACCUACAAUACCUUUACCUGCAAGACAACCACAUCGAGUUCCUCCAGGACGAUAUUUUUGUCGACUUGGUGAACCUCAGCCAUCUUUUUCUCCAUGGAAACAAGCUGUGGAGCCUCCACCAGAACACAUUCCGGGGGUUAAUAAACCUGGACAGGCUCCUCAUCCAUCAGAAUCAGCUGCAGUGGAUUCACAGGCGGGCGUUCCACGACCUCCGGCGACUGACCACCCUGUUCCUGUUCAACAACAGCCUCUCGGAGCUGCAGGGGGACUGCCUGGCCCACCUGGGGGCCCUGGAGUUCCUCAGGCUGAACGGGAACCCCUGGAGCUGCGACUGCAAGGCCCGCUCGCUCUGGGAAUGGCUGCACCGCUUCCGGGGCUCCAGCUCCAAUGUCAUCUGCGAAUCCCCCGAGCGGAUGCACGGCAAGGACCUCAAAGUGCUGAGGGCGGAAGAUUUUAGGAACUGUUCGGGCUCGGAGUCGCUCCACCAGAUCAAAACUUUCUCAGCGGCGGACAGAGGAGCCUCCAAAGCCCACCAUCCCCACCACUCCUCCAAGGAGAAGGGCGUUGAGAAGGGCUUGCACAGCAGCCAUCCCGCGGUCCGGCCGGGACCUCGCCGCCCCGCCAAGAACUGCACCAGCCACAAAAACCGCAACCGAACCCUUAAGCCACGCAAAAGCGGGCACGAGGUUCCCGACUACGUGCCUGACUAUCAGCACAAAUUCAGCUUCGGCCUCAUGCCCACCGGGCCCCCGAAACGCAAAGGGAAGUGCACCCGGCGGACACCCAUCCGUGCACCCAGCGGGGUGCAGCAGGCGGCGGGCGGCUGUGCAGGACUCAGGGCCUCGCGCCUGGUCUUUGUGCUGGUCUUGGCGGCCAUCAUGCGCUGAGCUAGGCCGCGGCGGAGCGGAUCUGCACUGCCACCCGUCUACGAAGGACCAGAGUUUCUUUUCUUCUUCUUUUUUUGUACGUGGAGAAGUCUGCGGGCGCGGACUGCGGCGGGCGGGCGGAUGGAAAGGUGUUAGCACACAUUGUGGCCAACAGCCGAGCCCUGCACCAUGAGACAAAGCCAACAUUACCCAACCGGAUCGUGGGGACCGCCGGCGACGACGGCCGGACAAAAUGGAAAAUUGCCAAUUCCCGUUGAGCGAUCCCAUCGAGCGACCCUGCCGAUGACCGAAAGGAACAUAAUUGCUGUAAAAACGAUCACCAAUUAAGCCUACACUGUUUCUCUGCAAGUGAGUGCGAGGACACUUCUACUCAUUGUAACAAGGACAUUGGUUCUCCCACGUUUUAGCCCUUUUGGCUCCAACCCCACAGGCCAACGUUGGCUGGAAAUCUCUUAGAAGACAAUCUCAAAACCCUGAAUAUCUCAGGCACUACAGCAGAACAAGGCUUGCCUGCUGGGCUUGGAGUAGCCAACUACCAAAGGAAAGACUGGUUAGAGGUGGAAUAAUUAAAAAAAAAAAAAAAAAAAAAAACACAAAAAAA